AACCAAACGAAACCUAUUGUAAAUGCACACAUAUUUCGAAUUUUUAUUAAAACACGCAUUUUCAGGCGCACUAUCCCGCUAAAAUACACUACUUUCAAAAUAAACACAUCGACCACUCGGUAAGAACAACACAAAGAAGGGCAAGAAGGGGAUGAGACAACUGCCGCGGGACUUACUUAAAACCCUACAUACUUACUGAUGUUCUCAACUUCAUAUGAUAGUUACUUAAAUCUAAUAAAAAUUGAUACUGUUGAGAUAAAAAAAACUCGAAGUUACAAAAUGAACUGUCCGUAAUGGUAAACUAACCUGAAAAUAAACGGGAAAUAUAUUUGGAUAUCAAACGGGAAUGGAUUCCUGUAUAAAACAUACCCUGAGUAAGAAAAAGUAGAUAGUUUGACGCGUUCGUCUAGAAUCCACGCCUUCUUAGAACUAACUCUUUUUGCUUGGCAACGGACCAAGUUCUGCAUUGAACAAAACACUCCUGAAUAAUCUCAACCAUCCCAUUUGGCCAGCCGGUGAAGUCCCGUGGAUUGUUUAAGGCGAUUUGUUGUUUAAUUCAGGACAAGUGUGAUUUUUGUGCUCCGUUCUUUCAUUUGUUUCUGUCAAUGGCCGAAUGUAACCGUGUGUAGACUAUGUUUUGCAAAAAUUUGAAUUACAAAUUAAGGUCCUGUUUAACAAGAACAGCCUAAAUGAGCGUCUUUUUAAGGAGUGGCUGUCAGGACAAGGAUGGGCGUUCACUGGCGCGCACCUCGGGCGGACCCGGCGGCCCGGUCGGCAUCCUGGGGCCGACGCGGCGACCCCUGCAGAUGCACACCACGCGGACCCUGGCGAGGCGGGGCGUCGUCGGGGUGGUGCCGGCGCUGCCAGCGCGUCCCCCGUCCGCCGGUACCCGUCGAGCCCCGAGCAGAAGCACCCGACGGAGGGACCCGCAUCCACUCCUGCUUGGUGUGCUUGCAGGCGACGGCAUCACGCUCAACAGCAACGUGUUCACGGUGUGCAGCGCCUCCAUCAGCCCCGACCCCCCCGAGGAGCCGGCCGCGCUGCCCCGCCGGCCCGUCGUGCUGUCCACGUCCAGCACCUUGCUGCGCAAGCGGCCCGUCGAGCCCCAGAGGGCCCUCGAGGAGGGCGCAGCAGCGGCGGCUCAGAGCGGCUCCGGCGCCGCCUCGCGCAAGGACCGCAUCCCCAGGCCGCCCAACGCCUUCAUGCUGUUCGCCAACGAGUUCCGCAAGAAGCUGUCCUGCGAGAACCCCAGGGAGAGCAACAAGGACAUCAGCGUCAGGCUGGGCACCAUGUGGAAGAUGAUGACCAAGGAGAAGAAGGACACCUACUUCGAGUUGGCCCGACUGGUGGACGCCGAACACAAGAAGAAGUACCCAGACUACGUGUACAACCCCAAGGAGGCCCGGCUGCGGAAGGCGAUGCGCGACCAGGUGCGCUGCCGCUCGCAGGGCGUGAGGACGCCGGGCGCCUCGGCGGGGGCGACGGCGGGGGCCUCUGCGGUGACGCCGGCCACGGCGCGCCCCCCGCAGAGCCCGCACUCGCCCGCCUCCCCCAUGAAGAAGAAGAUCCUCCUGUCGCCCAGACUACUUGCAUAG